UUAGAACAUGUUCCUGUCGCUUAGGAUAGAGACAGUUCGUUAAAACUCCAAAGCUCUUUACCGCGUCUACAGCAUACUUGGCAAAAUGGCGCCUCUAGGUCUGGAGAGUCCACUCAACUUUGUUUUUAUAGGCUGUGCACUAGUGAUUGCCAGUGUUGUGGGCAAGGCUUUCUACAAUGUCUUUCUACACCCUCUACGAUCCUUUCCCGGUCCGUUCUUAUGGAAGCUCACACCUCUCUUCAAAUAUAUACGCUUGUACCGGGGUGAUCUGCCCGUGUAUAUGAAAGAAUUACACGCUAAAUAUGGACCGAUUGUGCGAGUAUCUCCGUACGAGCUAGCAUUCAGCGACCCCCAAGCUUGGAAGGAUAUUUACGGUCAUCGCCACAAUGGUGCGCCGGAGUUGCCUAAGUACGAGGGCUUUUACCGCGCUGUCGACAACAUUCCUCGAGGUAUCAUCAAUGCUUUCCGAGACGAACACGGCUUCUUGCGACGCCAAAUGUCACACGGAUUCUCAGAGCGGUCAAUGCAGCUUCAAGAGCCUAUUAUCGGAUCAUACGUAGAUCUAUUGAUUCACCGACUGCAAGAGCAAUGUGGCGAUGGCUCGACCCCCUUGAAUAUGCGCGAGUGGCUAAAUUGGACCACCUUCGACGUUAUUGGAGACCUAGGUUUUGGUUCUUCGUUUGGUUGCCUCGAUAAGAGUGACUACCAUCCAUGGGUUAAACUCGUCGCCAACUCAGUGAUGCAGACCGCUUUCAUGUCCGCUCUGGCUGACAUGGGACUCAAGCCUGCAGUACGGAUGCUCCUGCGACUUAAGAAGCUCGCGAUUACAGACAACCAGGCAUUAGUUCGGGCGAAGCUGAGGCAGAGGAUAGAGUCUGGCGUCGAGAGGCCAGAUUUCAUUGAGGGUCUCAUAAAGCAGAAGGACGAGGGAAAACUCGACUUUAUGCAAAUAGCCACCAACGCAACUACUCUCAUCGUAGCCGGAAGUGAAACGACGGCGACUCUUCUGAGUGGUGCCGUCUACCUACUUACGACCCACCCAGAUAAGCUCGAAAGGCUCACUCAGGAAGUGCGUUCUUCGUUCAAUAACGACGACGAAAUUACCUUAACUUCUGUCGGAAAAUUGUCGUAUAUGCUGGCCUGUCUUAACGAGUCCCUCCGACGGUAUCCCCCUGUGCCAACUGGAAUGCCGCGCCAGUCGCCUAAGGGUGGUGCUACUAUCAUGGGGAAACAUGUUCCAGAGGGCACCGUUGUGGCUGUCUGGCAAUAUGCUGUCAACCAUGAUCCGAACCAUUGGACCGACCCCUAUUCCUUUGCUCCAGAGCGGUUUAUGGGUGACCCGAAGUACGAGGGUGACAAGCUUGAUGCGAUGCAACCAUUCAGUGUAGGCCCGCGAAACUGCAUUGGUCGCAAUUUGGCUUACGCCGAAAUGCGCCUCAUCCUAGCCAGGAUAAUCUACAACUUCGAUAUGACCAUUGCUAACGACAGCCGGAAUUGGCUCAAUCAGCGUGUUUACACCUUAUGGGAUAAGCCGGCGUUGAAUAUUCACCUGAAGCCUGUUGCUAGAUGAGAUUAAUAAUCGGGGGACUUCUGCAGAAGAUGCAUGGGCUUUCUCUAGGACAAUUACUCGCUUAUGAGUAAAUUUAUGGAAUCUUAACAGCCAACUACCUAAAAGGCGUCUUUAAUUAGACGAGUCCCUGAGGGAUGAUAUUACGAGAUUGCCUAAGACUAGAAAAGCUAGUUCUCUAGGAAAGCUGUGGGCGUUAUCGAGUAGUAUCAACUUUAUAUCAUCUUCCCUUGUGAGGGUAUUUUUCUAGAUAGCUUAUAUUUUGUACUAAAGGGUUUAUUUAAAUCGGGUAGGAACUGUACUAUAGCUGAAAAUGUGUGAAUUUCUGGUCUAUUUUAACAAUCUCUCAUGACUACAUCGCUUUAUACCCCUGAAAUUGUAUGUCCAUUCUCACUAUUUAUUUCUAAC